UCACUUUGUCAGUCAACUGGAAGUGGUGGAAAAGAAGAGAAGAUGAGCUUCAGCCCUUCGGGAUCUGUUGCUGCUCCAACAGAAACCCUAGAAAUUGGAAAUGGGCUGUCGCUAGUACCACGUGUGAAGCUGCUCCUCACCAUUUACCGCUCGGAUCCAUCCGUAAAACCCAUCGACGAGUGGCAGCUCAAGCGCGCUCUGAUCGACUUCCUUAAGGACUCCUUCUCCGUCUCCGUUACUGUCCCCGAAGAGGAUCUCGACAUUCGCAGGUUCAAGGAUCUCAAGAAGCGCAAGCGCGAAGAUCCCGUCGCCUCCGGCACUCUUUACAUUCGGGAUUUAGGGUUUCUCAGUCGUAAACCCAAUGCUAAUAAUACUAAUAGAAAAAAGGAGAACCCUCGGCUCGGGGAUAAUGGUGAUGAUGAGAAGGAUUCCAGGUUGUUGGAGGAGAGAAAGUUCUCCGAGUGGAAAAAGUCCCUCGUCGAUAGGAUGGACGGGAUGGAGUUGAAUAUCGAAGGAGUGAAAUUCAGGCUGAAUAUCGUUGUUCCUCCAUCUGAUGAUUUUGAUGGACUUAGGAAAGCUUGGGAAGAUUUUUACGCCUUCCAAAAUCGAGGACAACAUCAUUCAAGGGGUGGAAAGAAACAGCCCGAUACCCUUGUUCUGAGAGGCGUUCCUUCCCGAUGGUUUGCAGAACCGCGUGUGUCGUCCAAGCCUUCCAUGCUGGUCACACAUACCAUUUUCUCCGUAUUUGGAAAAAUUAGGAAUCUUAAUGUUGCUGAGGACGAUGAUCUAGGUAAGAACACAGAGGAGAGUGGUGACAUUGUGUCUGGUCUCCAGUGCAAGAUUGUGGUUCAGUUUGAGAAGUAUGAACAUUUCUAUGAUGCACUGAAGUUGUUAUGUGGGCGUUCAUUGCAAAAGCAAGGAUCACGCCUUAGAGCAGACUAUGAAGCAACUUGGCAGAGGGAAGACUUUUCCCCAAACACACGGCAAAGAGCAACAAGAAGUGAACCACAGCCAGUAGAAAGGCAUGGCCAAAGUCAGGCAAUGACUGCAGGGUCCUAUAUUCCAAGAUAUCAGCCACGCAAUGCACAUCUUGGUCCAGAGACUGCACACCCAAGGAGGUGUAAGGAUUAGAUUGGAGGAAGUGACAUACUCAAGCAUUUGGACAGAGGAGACCAAGGUUCCUGGAGUCUUAUUGGAUAAUGUUAGGUUCUCUCACCUGUAAAACUCUCAAAGCAAUGAAG